AGAUCGGGCAGCUGUACAUGAUCAGCAAGCACAGCCACGAGCAGAGUGACCACGGCGAGGGCGUGGAGGUGGUGCAGAACCAGCCCUUCCAGGACCCGCACCACGGCAGCGGGCAGUUCACGGAGAAGCGGGUCUAUCUCAACAGCAAACUGCCUAGCUGGGCUAGAGCUGUGGUCCCCAAAAUCUUUUAUGUUACAGAGAAAGCUUGGAACUACUAUCCCUACACAAUCACAGAAUACACGUGCUCUUUCCUGCCGAAGUUCUCCAUCCACAUAGAAACCAAGUACGAGGACAACAAGGGCAGCAACGACAGGAUUUUUGACAAUGAGGCCAAAGACCUGGAACGAGAGGUGUGCUUCAUUGAUAUCGCCUGCGAUGAAAUUCCGGAGCGCUACUACAAGGAGUCUGAGGACCCUAAACACUUCAAGUCGGAGAAGACGGGGCGGGGACAGCUGAGAGAAGGCUGGAGAGACAGUCACCAGCCCAUCAUGUGCUCCUACAAGCUGGUGACUGUGAAGUUCGAGGUCUGGGGACUUCAGACCAGAGUGGAACAGUUUGUCCACAAGGUGGUCCGGGACAUCCUGCUGAUUGGACACAGGCAGGCCUUCGCGUGGGUGGACGAGUGGUAUGACAUGACCAUGGACGAGGUCCGGGAGUUCGAGCGGGCCACACAGGAAGCCACCAACAGGAAGAUCGGCCUUCUGCCCCCCGCCAUCUCCAUCUCCGGCAUCCCCCUGCUGCCCGCCGCCAUCCGCAGCGCCCCCUCCAGUGCGCCGUCCACCCCUCUCUCCACAGACGCGCCCGAGUUUCUCUCCGUUCCCAGAGACCGGCCGCGGAAGAAGUCUGCCCCAGAGACCCUCACACUCCCAGACCCCGAGACGAAAGCCUCCCUGGAUCUGCCCGGUCGGCCCAUGUCAGAGUAACUCCACGUCUGCGGUCGCGGGGGGUCAUCGCUUCACUCUGGGUGUCUUUCAAGGCUCUUCUGAUAUAGAGAAAGACUGCUUCUCACCCCAGCCUGCUCCUCUGCCCUCGGGGUGUGCAUGUGACCAAGUAACGUCUUAGAACACGACUCCCUGAGCAUGCAUCCCGGGAGACGUGAGAUGUGGGGCUCGCACGCCACAGCCAGGCAGGCGGCCUUGCCAGUGGGCAUCUGGCGAGGGCGGCGGGGCUCCAAGGACGCAUGAACGAAAGCACUGCACCCCUUUGUGACGGGGGCGCUGGGACACGGGGCACUUGGCCCCCUCUCCCCAGCCCUGCGAGCCUCCGUCCCCUGCCUCAGACGUGGCAUGCCUCCCGCUAGAUGUUGAACUGAUCGAUACUUGAAUACCAGUAGUCUCCGAGAUUCCUAUUCUGGUUAGUCUGACUCAGGAUUUGGGGCCUAACUAACUCUUUAAAUUUUGAAAAUUUUAAUUGUCAACCUAGAGAGGCUCCAAAGUGCAAUUAAUGAAAACCUGUUUUCUACCUUCCACAGAGUCUAACACGGACUCCACUCCUGUCUUUUAGUGACUUUUCUCUUUGUGGCCUCAGAAAUCUCUAAGAACCGCACAAUGGGUUCAUUCCUGACUGGUUCUGAAGGGGUUUUGCUGGGAACCAAGAGGCCCAGGCGAAGGAAGCAGACCUCAACUCGUCCACACCCGUCACCCAUUACGA